UGAAAACCAAGUCUACUGUACACACAAGCAGCUCUCUCUCUCUCUCUCUCUCUCUCUCUCUCUCUCUCUCAUAACUCUUUCUCCUCUUUGGUGAUCCAAUAUUAAACUGCCGCGCAAAAUCUUAUCCAUUCUCCUGAAUAGAGUUGAAUUUUGACUACGGAUUAAGAGCAAUCCAUCAGGUAUAUAUCUCAACAUAAUCAAUUUUGAUUGAUGAUCUGGAGAGGAAAAGAUAAUUGAUUGGUAGAAUUUUCCGGGAUUUCUGUAUAGAUAAUCGCUCGCGCAUAACUUAUAGAUUGGUUUUGCUAGUUUAUUUGGUUUCAUUUUGUUGUAUGCGUUAGAAAGUCUAUUGAUAACAUUGUGAUUAGUUGUCGAGCAGGGGUUCGGGUAGUGAAGUACUUAAGGUGAUUUAGAUAAUAUGACACGAAUUUGUGGAAGAGAUUAGGAACUGUUUAGAUUUCCUUUCUUUGGCAUUUUUAGGUGAUGUUGGAGUAUUAUUUUAGGGGCUUAUACAGUAAAAUAUGGGAAAUUUGGCUGUAAUUAUUUAGAUAGUCAUCGUGUUCAGCUAAAUAGGUCUGCUGAUAUUGCCGAAGCCAUGACAGGCGGCUACCCUGGCAUAAAUAGUCAUCGUACUCAGCAAGUUUCGUUAGACACUUUACCCAGAAAUAGUCUGCCGACUAAGAAACAUGUAAAUAAUGUAUCUAUUCAGACUGGAGAGGAGUUCUCCAUGAAAUUUCUUGACGAAUGUGCUGCGUCUAGAGUUGUUUCUGAAGUGCAUGGUGUCGCUCCCAGCUAUGAGGAGAAUGUCCGUUUUCCAGAUGUCCAGGAUCGCCAAAUGGUUUAUGAGGAGCUUGCACGAGUUCUCGGUUUGCCAAGAAUGGAUUCUGCAUGUGGCUCUGACAUUACAGAAUAUGCUUCCGCAAAAGGAUCUAUGUCACGGGUUGAUGCUGGAGUUCAUGUAAGUAGUGAAAGCUUGCAUUACGCGAAUACUGGUGCUAAUGGACACAAACCUGGCAAGUUGACAUCAGAAGUGUGCAAUGACCAUGCUAGUUUAGUGUCCGCCGCUCCACUAUUAAGUCAGUCAGAUUCAUUGAGAUCCUUAUGUUCUGAUGGUUCUCAGUCUGGGAAACUAAAGAUCCUUUGCAGCUUUGGUGGUAAAAUAUUGCCCCGACCAAGUGAUGGGAAACUCAGAUAUGUGGGAGGAGAGACGCGCAUAAUCUCCAUUAGUAAGAAUCCGUCGUGGGAGGAAUUGUUGAAGAAAACAGCUGGAAUGUGCGAUCAGCCUCACUCAAUCAAGUAUCAGCUUCCAGGGGAGGAUCUUGAUGCCCUUAUAUCUGUGUCUUCUGAUGAGGACAUGCAAAAUAUGAUUGAUGAAUAUCAUGGUAUCGAUAAGCCUGGUUCUCAACGGCUUCGUAUAUUUUUGAUUCCUUUGGUGGAAUCGGAAACCCCUGUUGCCAUUGAUGCCAACAUUACUCAGCAAAGUGACACAAACUAUCAGUAUGUUGUUGCUGUAAAUGGCAUGGUUGAAACUGAUCCUAAUUCCCAGAACAACGCUAAGCAAUCUUCUGUCACUGAUAUGGGCAAUUUGAUGCCUAAUGCAGAAAUUCAUUCAAGGAAUGACAAAAUCUUCCCCUUCCCAUUACAUCCUUUGGAAAUCCAUGAUACCCUUGCCGACAAGUCGCAAAAUUUAAUGAAGUUUCCUUCAUCAAUGCCAUUUCCUGUUCAGCAAGCAGAUAUGAGUCAUAUGACAAAUGUCAAGACAAUACCAAUUCCACACGAAGAGUCCAUUGGUUACAGCGCUUCUAUUUACCACACCCCUCAGGUGGCUGUAAAUUUGAUGAAUCCACACGGUCAGCAAAAUAUCAAGAACCAAUUGAUUUUAGAAGGAGAAAAUUUGGCUCCCCGAAGAGUUGAGCGCAGUAAUAGAAACUUUGUGUUGUGCUCUCAGGAGGGGAUUCCUCUUGUGGAAAAGACGAUUAAUUCUAUUACUUCUCUUCCCUUAUCGGAUAAUUUGGUGGAGCUAUUGCCUGCGUCUAUUGACCCAGUUAGUUACCAUGGAAUCCCUCAUGCCUUUUCUGAUUCCAAGCUUCAGGAACAGGGAGAAAAAUCUGCUUGGCCCUCUCAGGAAGAUAUGACUCGAUCAUUUUCAUUGAACUUGGGAAGACACCAAUCAUCCUUUCACGAAGUAUCUGGUGCUUUUACGGAAAAGCCUGUACAGUUGCAUGGGAAUGCUGGCUUUAUUAAUACUGAGCUCCAAAGUAUGGAAUUCCUCUCAGAGCCAACUAAUCCUGUCUCAGUAAUGGCAUCAUGUCAAAAUUCAAAGCUGAAAACUUUGGAUGAUCAAUGCACAUCAAGUGUUGAACCAGUGAAUAAACUUGAUGCUAGCCAUCAUCGUUUUGUCAGUGGUGAAAAUAUUUGCUCUAGCAACUUAGCUAUGAUAUCCAAGGAGCUGACACAGGGAUUAAAGAAUGUUAACAUUGAACCUGUCCCUUGUAUUGAUCUUGAGUUACCAAAGAAACAAUCCCAGGUCUGCAGUAGCUUGGCCCCUGCUUCAUCUUUGGUCGACAUGACACAUUCAAAUGUUUUGGAGCUCAAUCAUCUUGGGAAAAGCUCAAAUGCUUUGACAAAGGGCGACCUAAAUGGCUAUUCAUCUUGGGUCAAUAACUCAGAAGUUGCGGGUCUUGUCCACAGCUCUCAACAACUGUCACAUGAUAACGGCUUAUUGUCACCUCAGACCAUUUCCCAUCAAUCUAUUGGGGAUUUAGUGGAUAUUGGUUAUCAAGUACCUGAGGUUAGAUGGCAUGGAAAUUUGGUUGAAAAUGCAGGCUGGAGCAUGACUCCGCAUACCUCUGCUUCAUUCGAGGGAAAAGUUUCCCUCUUUGAUGAUCUGUCCAAUUAUGCGAAUUAUAGGGUUGAAAAUUUGGACCAUGUCAGAAAUUUUGAUGAGCUUCAAAAAUCAAAAGAUAGCUGGCCGGUUAACGGAAUCAAGCAAGUUCCACAGAACCCGGUCAAUAAUAAUGCACCACCUGCUGAAAUGCCACCAUCCAAUGUUCCGGUUAAAUCAGAUGCUACUAAUUUGAAUAUACUCUCUCCCUUUGAAGAACCAGAAAAUGCCUCACCUGAUUUGGACUCUCAGGAUCUCAAUGCUGACAGUCACGAUAAUGAAUUGUUCAGUGAUGCAAUGAUAGCUGAAAUGGAGGCAGAUAUGUUUGGUCUACAGAUAAUUAAAAAUGCUGAUCUUGAAGAAUUGCGAGAGUUGGGUUCCGGUACAUUUGGGACAGUAUAUUAUGGUAAAUGGCGAGGAACAGAUGUUGCCAUUAAGAGAAUCAAGAAAACUUGUUUCUCUGGUAGAUUGUCAGAGCAAGAACGGUUGGCAAAAGACUUCUGGCGAGAAGCUUGUAUCCUAUCAAAUUUACACCAUCCAAAUGUUGUUGCAUUUUAUGGGGUGGUGCCAGAUGGUGCAAGUUUGGCAACUGUAGCUGAAUUCAUGGCAAAUGGAUCACUUAGGACAGCUCUACUUCGGAAGGACAAAUCACUUGAUUAUCGUAAAAAGCGUAUCAUCGCCAUGGAUGCAGCAUUUGGCAUGGAAUACCUGCAUUCAAAAAAUAUUGUCCAUUUCGAUUUGAAAUGUGACAAUUUGUUAGUUAAUUUGAGAGAUCCAGAACGGCCUAUAUGCAAGGUAGGAGAUUUUGGACUCUCAAGAAUUAAACACAAUACUCUGGUAUCCGGUGGUGUUCGAGGAACGCUUCCAUGGAUGGCUCCAGAAUUGUUGAAUGGAAGUACUAACCGGGUAUCUGAAAAGGUUGAUGUGUUCUCAUUUGGCAUAGUAUUGUGGGAGAUUCUGACUGGUGAGGAACCUUAUGCAAAUAUGCAUUGUGGCGCUAUCAUUGGAGGCAUUGUCAAGAAUACUCUCCGCCCUACAAUUCCCGAAUGGUGUGAUACCGAGUGGAGGAAGCUUAUGGAACGAUGCUGGUCAGCUGAUCCUGGGACGAGGCCUUCAUUUACAGAGAUCACCUAUGCGUUGAGAUCUAUGUCUGACACUCUUCAGGCAAAAGUGCUCAAUGUUGCAAUGUAAGUCGGAAGGCGAAUGUCGUAUAGUAGCCGCUGGGGCAGAAGUUUUGUGAUGUUCUUUCAUUGUUCAUAGUUUUUUUCUGUUCUUUCUAUUAUGGCAUUACCAAUACAUCUGUUGAGUUGAUUCAGAUUCAUUCUUCUUCUUAUUUUCUGAGUGAAAGUGAAGGCCAUUUACAAGCCUCUUGUUAAAUGGAAGGUUGCAGAUUA